CUCUUCCCUUUAAUCAUUAUCAAAUUGUUUUUUUGCAUGUGAUGCGGCUUUCCCAAGCAACAACAGCUCAUAUCCAUCAUCAUCGUCUUCAUCGAUUUAACAUAGCUCUGUGUUAGUGCUCUGGUUACGCCAUCCUUGUCCACUUAAUUUCUUCGUUUCUUGCUGAAUUUUCAUGGGUAGAGGUUGUUUUCCCCAGGAGAGAGAGCUCAAUAUGCCUGCUUCUGAAGCGAUCUGAAGUCGAAUGGGACCAGAUUUAAGGAGAUGAAGUUCGUUCUUUAACUUCAAAUUUUCUUGGGCAGUGUGGAUCUUGUUUGGUUCUUGAGAAAAUGGGCAAGAAAAUGAACCUGCUCUUGAUUUUAUUCAUGGUGGCAACUUUUUCAUCCAUUACUGCUGACCCAGUUGAAGAUAAGAAUGCAUUGCUGGAUUUCCUUCAUAAUAUUCAACAAUCUCGAUCUCGACCCCUCAAUUGGAAUACCAAGAUCCCUGUCUGCGGUAACUGGACCGGAGUGACGUGCAACAUGGAUCAGUCAAGAGUUGUGGUCCUCCGGUUGCCGGGAAUGGGACUCAGGGGCUCUAUUCCAGCCAACACUCUUAGCCGGCUAUCAUGGCUUCAUAUUUUGAGUCUUAGAUCCAACAGCUUUUCAGGUUCGAUUCCACCUGAUUUCUCAGAACUCAGAAACUUAACUGCCCUUUACCUUCAAAUCAACAAAUUUUCCGGUGCAUUGCCGGAUUUUUCAGCCUGGAAUAAUCUCACAAUUGUUGAUCUUUCCAACAAUGGCUUCAAUGGAAGCAUCCCUAUUUCAGUUUCAAACCUGACUCACCUCGUAGCCUUGAAUCUUUCCAACAAUUCACUUUCCGGUAGCAUUCCUGAUCUGAACAUGCCUAGUCUUCAACAGCUGAAUUUAACCAACAAUAAUCUCACUGGGGUUGUACCAAGAUCCCUUCAAAGAUUCCCAAGUUCUUCAUUUUCAGGUAACAAUCUUUCACCGGAAACUGCCCUUCCUCCAACCCUUCCUAGCCAGGCACCUGAGGGGCAACCUCCAAGCAAAACCGGAAAAGUUAGUGAACCUGCCCUGCUGGGGAUUGUACUAGGAGGCUGUGUACUUGGUUUUCUCAUCGUUGCUCUUUUGAUGAUCCUCUGUUACUAUAACAGAGAAGGGGAGCAAGGAUUAGCCUCAAAAUCUCAAAAGAAAGAUGUCAUGAAGAAAAAGGGUUCUGAGAGCCAAGAUCAGAACAAUAGGCUUGUGUUCUUUGAGGGCUGUAACCUUGCAUUCGACUUGGAGGACUUGUUGAGAGCAUCCGCGGAGGUGCUUGGGAAGGGAACAUUUGGAGUAACGUACAAGGCGGCAUUAGAGGAUGCUUCCACGGUUGCAGUGAAGAGGUUGAAGGAGGUGAGCGUAGCUAAACGGGAGUUCGAGCAGCAGACGGAAGUGGUCGGCAGCAUCAAGCAUGAGAAUGUGUCUGCUUUAAGGGCAUACUUUUUUUCAAAAGAUGAGAAGCUUGUUGUUCAUGAUUUCUAUGACCAGGGAAGUGUGUCUGCAAUGUUACAUGGUAAAAGAGAAGGCCGAGAGACUUUGGACUGGGAAACUAGGCUAAAAAUAGCAGUGGGUGCAGCAAGAGGCAUUGCCCACAUUCACACCCAAAAUGGUGAGAAGCUUGUACAUGGAAACAUAAAAGCUUCCAACAUUUUCCUUAAUUCUGGAGGAUACGGCUGCGUAUCAGAUAUUGGUUUGGCAACAUUGAUGAGUCCAGUGCCUCCAACUGCAAUGCGUGCUGCAGGUUAUCGUGCCCCAGAAGUAACAGAUUCCAGGAAAACAACACAAAUAUCUGAUGUCUACAGUUUUGGGGUGUUAGUACUUGAGCUCCUCACUGGGAAGUCCCCAACACAUGUCGCAGGUGGUGAUCAGGUUGUCCACCUGGUGAGGUGGGUGCACUCUGUGGUUAGGGAAGAGUGGACUGCAGAAGUGUUUGAUGUGGAGCUUUUGAAGUUUCCCAACAUUGAGGAGGAAAUGGUGGAGAUGUUGCAAAUAGGGAUGCGUUGUGUGGUGAAGAUGCCAGACCAGAGACCAAAAAUGCAGGACGUAGUCAGGAUGCUGGAGGAGAUUCGAGCAGGGUACACGGGGGACCAACCAUCUUCUGAAACUUCAGCUUCAACACCAGUCCGACGCACAGCUGAAGUAGGAUCGUCUUCUUCUGUUCGAGUUCCUUAAUGAAACUCUUUUCUUGUUAGUUUCAUAAAAUUCAAAUUAUGUGAUAUAUUUGGUACCAAAAUUCAGUUUCUGUGCAUUGGAAUUCAAUGGUGUUUGCUCAUAUACACUGAAAUAAAAAUAAUUUCUUUAU